CCAAAACUAUUCUGGAUUGCAAGGAGUUCUGUAUGAAUGCACUUUAAAAUAUGCAAUUCAAUUGAAAUUUCUGAGGGAGAACGGUUUUUUCUUUGGGGCAAAAAACAAAACAAAACUGGUAGGUAUCCUCAUAUGACGUCAGUAAAUCCAACUGCCAUAACACACCAUGGGUUGCAUUGUCAGAGUUAGGCAAUGUGGUUUAGGCAAAGGUUAUCUCAUAGUAUUAGCAAUAGUAGCAACAGAAAGAUAAAAGACAAAAGACUAAAAAAUAAAAAAUAAAAAUAAAAUUGAUGUAAAUCAUGACACAUUAACAGAAUUUUCCAGAACUUUAUGUAGUUCUUAAAUUCGCCGUUAGAUGUCUCCGUAGCCUGGUUUCCAUAGUAACUCUAAACAUUCCGCAAAGCUAAUGUGUUUGUGUAUCGCUCAGUUUUAGGCGAAUUACUAUUAGCAGUAUUUCUUUUUCUGAGAAUGACCUCUUCCGGUGCAGCGGGUGGCGUCCUACAGCAGGUCAACCAGCUGUGGUCCAUGUUGGAUAACCUGUGUGAAAACGACCCUAAGGCCUACAGCAGGUUCAUCCACAGACAGGUGGAGGAGGCGGUAGCUGCUAAUGCUCCCCCGCAGCUUUACUCCUGCAUUAGCACAUGGUUGUUGGAGCCUGAGAAAAGAUUGUUGUACAUCAAUAUCUGCAGCUGGAAACGUGUCCCUGCUCCUGAGGAGCCCAAACAGCCUGUACCUUUAUAUGCUGGAAAACUGGAAACAGAGACAGAGCACAGUCAGGGCUCAUUUUCUGUUGUGGACAUCGCCUUCAACCCUGGGGUGCUUGAGGAAAACAAGGACGAUAAAUCAGCUGUGUAUCUGCUGGCCCUGAGGUUUGUGCAGCAGCACCAUGGCUUGAAAUUAUCGGAGCAGUACAGCGUCAUCAGCUACAGCCCACGAAGCAGCCAGACUCACUUACACCGACGUCUUGGGUUUCAGCAGCGAACAGUCACACCUGAACAACCAAGUAAAGACAGUGAAACCCCAAGCGAUCUCCUGCGGCAGAUUGAAACCCAUCGCUCUGAGCAACAGAAUGAAAAUCUGGAAGCUCAUAUUAUGACUCUACCAAAAGAACAGACGGAGAAGAAAAAAAACUUCAUCCAGGUCAUCUCCACCACCUUCCAGGAGCCUGUGAGACCCCAGCACCAGCUGGAGGUGAAAACUGACGCAGCAGGAGUGGCACGCAGUGUGGAGCUGACAGUAGAGCUGCCCAAGGUUGGAUCCAUGUCAGAGUGCCAGCUGACAAUUUCCAAGGAUGACAUCUUGCUGGAGGUGGAGGAUGUUUAUCAUUUACUUGUUGAGUUUCCAAAACCAGUAAAUGAGGACACUGCAGCUUUCAACUCAGGUGUUCUGGUUGUUUUACAUUCUCAUCUUCGCACACUUUUCCCAUUGACUUAG